AUGUCGUACGAUUUCGCAGCUAAACUACUGUUCGCUUACGCCCUCCAUGCCGCUCAAGCGAAACGUAUGAUCCUCAACAGUACCGUAAUCACACCACAAGCGUAUCUAAUCAGAAAUUGGCAAGAAAUAUUCCAUCAACAUGAACUUAUUACUCUAACACUCAAGAGCGUCAUUAAAAUGGUUGGCAUACCAAUAGUGUGUUCCAUACUUUUCCAUUUUACUAUCAUCAUCUCUGAGGUUUUCUAUACGUACACCUCCUUCGUUCAAGAUCUGAGGAAUGGGGAAGAAAUCAUAUUAUCAAAGUAUUUCAGCUGCUUACUGUUUGCGCUUUUUGAGGCCAUUCAAUUUUACUACAUCGUAGCGGCUUGUGCCGACGUUACCGAGCAGGCCGAGAAAACAGGAACACUUCUGAAUGAGUUCCUGCAAACCGACAUCGGAUCCAGUGUGGAACGAAGCAUAGAGCUAUUUAGCAUCGAAUUGUUACACCAGGACUUCAAGAUCAACAACCUAGGUCUAUACAAUAUUGAUUUCACCUUGAUGUUUGCGAUGAUUGCAACCAACACUAGCUACCUUAUAAUGCUGGUACAAUUCCAGCUGGCCGAGAACUAAUCAAAUCACUGUAAAUGUUACACAAGGCAGGCUUUCGGAUGCUCUAAUACCAUCAAUAGCACAAA